AUGUUCAAGAAGGCCAGAAGACUUGGUAGCCAGCUUGCAGGCUGGAAGUAUCUUAUACGGGCACAGCAGUAUACAUAUCACCCUAUGCUGGUUAAGCUUAAGUUUGAGAGGGAAGCCCUGGCCAAAGCCUUGCACCGCAACGAGGCCAUGAGCACCAUGGACAAAGGCGACCAAGCAGCGACAGACCAGCUCACUAAGUGGAAGACACGACUGGAGCAGGACGAGAACUGGCCCUAUCUCGUUGGGCGAAAGUCAUCACGGACUAUCUACUUCUUGCAAAUUAUCGUAGUUGCCCUCAGGAACAGGUUUGACCUAGAAUUACAGCUUGAGUACAAUGGGCAGCUAGGUCCCAUCGAUAGACACUUCGUCAUCAAGACGGCUUUUGAGGCCAAGCCAUCACAGGUAAUGCUUGCCACCAGGGCCACAGGAGGACAGGGCCUCAAUCUCCAGUGCUUCAAUGGGGCCGUCCAACGCGAGCCGUGGUAUGAGACGUGCAGACACGUCCUGAAGGGCCCCGAGUUGCUUCAAUCCUAA